UCGUGGGCCGGGGGGAACCUCCUCAAUGAGCCACAUUGUCGCGGGAGCCCCGCGGCGCGCGCUGCCCCGCUCCCGCUCCCGCGCCGCUCCCGCGCCCGCGCCCGCGCCAUGAUCGCCUCCCACCUCCUCGCGUACUUCUUCACCGAGCUCAACCAUGACCAGGCACAGAAGGUCGACAAGUACCUGUACCACAUGCGGCUCUCCGAGGAGACCCUGCAGGAGGUGUCCCAGCGCUUCGGGAAGGAGAUGGAGAAGGGGCUGGGAGCAGACACCAACCCCACCGCCUCGGUGAAGAUGCUGCCAACCUUUGUGAGGUCCACCCCGGAUGGGACAGAGGACGGGGACUUCCUGGCCCUGGACCUUGGAGGCACCAAUUUCCGUGUGCUGAGGGUGAAGGUGUCGGACAACGGCCUGCAGAAGGUGGAGAUGGAGAAUCAGAUCUACGCCAUCCCCGAGGAGCUCAUGCGAGGCAGUGGGGUGCAGCUCUUUGACCACAUUGCUGAGUGCUUGGCCAACUUCAUGGAUAAGCUGAAAAUCAAAGACAAGAAACUCCCCCUUGGCUUCACCUUCUCCUUCCCGUGCCACCAGACCAAGCUGGAUGAGAGCAUCCUCGUUACGUGGACAAAGGGGUUCAAGUGCAGCAGCGUGGAGGGGAAGGACGUGGUGUCGAUGCUGCGCAAGUCCAUCAAGAAGAGAGGGGACUUUGACAUCGACAUCGUGGCCGUGGUGAACGACACCGUGGGGACCAUGAUGACCUGUGGCUAUGAUGAUCAUAACUGUGAAGUUGGCCUCAUUGUUGGUACCGGUACCAACGCCUGUUACAUGGAGGAGAUGAGGCACAUUGACCUGGUGGAAGGCGACGAAGGCCGGAUGUGCAUCAACAUGGAAUGGGGAGCGUUUGGGGACGACGGCGUCCUCAAAGACAUCCGGACCGAGUUCGACCACGAGAUCGACAUGGGCUCGCUCAACCCCGGCAAGCAACUGUUUGAGAAGAUGAUCAGUGGGAUGUACAUGGGAGAGCUGGUGAGGCUCAUCCUGGUGAAGAUGGCCAAGGAAGGGCUUCUGUUUGGAGGAAGGCUCACACCAGAUCUGCUCACUACGGGCCACUUUGAGACCAGAUACAUCUCUGCUAUUGAGAAGGAGAAGGAAGGGCUGCAGAAAGCCCACGAGAUCCUGAGCAAGCUGGGCCUGGAGCCGUCCCACGAGGACUGCGUGGCCACGCUCCGCAUCUGCCAGAUCGUGUCCACGCGCUCGGCCAACCUGUGCGGGGCCACGCUGGCGGCCGUGCUGCGGCGCAUCAAGGACAACAAGGGCGUGGAGCGGCUGCGGUCCACGGUCGGCGUGGAUGGGUCCGUCUACAAGAAGCAUCCUCACUUUGCCCGGCGCCUCCAUAAGACGGUGCGGAAGCUGCUGCCGGAUUGCGAGAUCCGCUUCGUGCGGUCGGAGGACGGCAGCGGCAAAGGGGCCGCCAUGGUGACGGCCGUGGCCUACAGACUGGCUGCCCAGCACAAGGCACGGCAGAAGAUCCUGGAGGCGCUCAAGCUGAGCCACGAGCAGCUCCUGGAGGUGAAGCAGAGGAUGAGGAUGGAGAUGGAGAAGGGGCUGGGCAAGGAGACGCACGCAGAGGCGGCGGUGAAGAUGCUGCCCACCUACGUGUGCUCGACCCCAGAUGGCACAGAGAAAGGAGAUUUCCUCGCCCUGGACCUGGGAGGUACCAACUUCCGCGUGCUGCUGGUGCGCGUGAGGAACGGGAUGAGGCGCGGCGUGGAGAUGCACAACAAGAUCUACUCCAUCCCCGUGGAGAUCAUGCAGGGGACGGGGGAGGAGCUCUUUGACCACAUUGUCCACUGCAUCUCCGACUUCCUGGAAUACAUGGGAAUGAAGGGCGUAUCGCUCCCGCUUGGAUUCACGUUCUCCUUCCCUUGCCAGCAGACCAGCCUGGAUGAGGGAAUACUCCUCAAGUGGACAAAGGGUUUCAAGGCGACCGGGUGUGAAGGAGAGGACGUGGUGAACCUGCUGAAGGAGGCGAUCCACAGGAGGGAGGAGUUUGACCUGGAUGUGGUGGCGGUGGUAAAUGACACGGUUGGCACCAUGAUGACCUGUGGAUACGAAGAUCCGUACUGUGAAGUUGGGCUGAUUGUUGGCACAGGCAGCAACGCCUGUUACAUGGAGGAGAUGAGGAACGUGGAGCUGGUGGAAGGGGAGGAGGGCAGGAUGUGCAUCAACAUGGAGUGGGGAGCGUUCGGGGACAACGGGUGCUUGGAUGACAUCCGGACCGAGUUCGACCUGGCGGUGGAUGAGCUGUCUCUCAACCCUGGGAAGCAAAGGUUUGAGAAGAUGAUCAGCGGGAUGUACCUGGGGGAGAUCGUCCGCAACAUCCUGAUGGAUUUCACCAAGCGAGGGCUGCUCUUCCGGGGACGGAUCUCAGAGAGGCUCAAGACCAGAGGGAUCUUUGAGACCAAGUUCCUGUCGCAGAUCGAAAGCGACUGCUUAGCCCUGCUGCAGGUCCGCUCCAUCCUGCAGCACCUUGGCCUGGAGAGCACGUGCGACGACAGCAUCAUCGUGAAGGAGGUGUGCGCGGUGGUGGCGCGGCGCGCGGCGCAGCUCUGCGGCGCUGGCAUGGCUGCCGUGGUGGACAAGAUCCGCGAGAACCGCGGCCUCGACUUCCUCAAGGUCACCGUCGGCGUGGACGGGACCCUCUACAAGCUGCACCCGCACUUCUCCACGGUCAUGCACGAGACAGUGAAGCAGUUGUCCCCCAAGUGCGAAGUGAGCUUCCUGCAGUCGGAGGACGGCAGCGGCAAGGGCGCAGCGCUCAUCACGGCCGUGGCGUGCCGCAUCCGGGAGGCUGGCCAGCGGUAGGAGCAAGGAGGGGUUGCCGAAGAGCUUGGUGUCAGCAAAGCAGGACAUUCCCCUUCCUUCCCUCCCUCCGUACACACACACACACACGUGCAGCCUCCCCCUGCAAGCAGACUCUUAGCUUUACUUGUCCCCUUGAGCUCCUCCCAAGUGGGACUGGAGAUGCUGUGUGCUUUGUUAUAAAGGGUUGUCUUAGGAGUUUUACUGCAUGCCAUAAAACCGCCUCUCAAGUAAAGCUAAAAGUGUCUUUUGGCUGUCUACCUACAUUUCCAGUUAGAGCUGGGCCUGUUCCACUCGCAGCUCUCCUCCCCACAUCUCCUAACCACUCUCACAUCUUCCCUAACAGCAGAAAGGAUAAUGCUAGAGUAAUCGAGAUGCUGCAUUGUCACUUUACGGUUAACUGGUACCUAUUUAUGUCUGUCGGAGUCCUAGCGUGUCCGUGCUGUAGAAAGCAAACCUCUUUAAGAUUGGGCUAAAGACCUCCAUUAGUCUUUUACCCUGAUCAAGGCUGUUAUUAUUUCCAUGAAAGUCAUGGUAACUUUUAAAAGCACAGGGUGCAGAACCUCAGCCACCGUGAGUCUGCACUGAGAGGUACCAAGUAUCUCUGGUGGUGAGCAAUAAUAAAGAACCUGCUGGGCCAAGUUAGAGGUGCCCCUUUAACUGCUCCAGCAGAGCACGUGCCUGGAAAUAACUGGGGACUCAGGGUCUAAUCCCAUUUCCCAACCUCUCUCCCGUACCCUGACUAGAGUGUAGGAACGUGGCGUGUGUCUAGGGUUGUGUUCCACCCCCUUGGAAACCACUAGCCCCCUUCCCUGGUGCAUGUGCGGGUAGAGGGAGCCGCCACCACGCUGGGUCGGUCUCACCCCAUGUCAUGGUCCUGUGUGGCGAGUUGGGUUUGCUUCUUGGCUGUGAAAUCGUUCUGUGUCUUCAGCCUUUUAGGUGACACCUGGAUUCGAACACUGUGUAUUUAUGUUGCAAGAGAUCUUAUGUCUUUGUAUGUACAUAGUCUUGGGGGGGGGGGGGGGUUAUAUUGCUUAGUUUUGAUUUCACCUUUUAAUGUCAUUUAAGAAGGGUACAGAGUACUUAUAUUUUUGUUUUAAUUUAAAACUUUCUUGGGGUAGACUGGACAAUGAGAUCCCAAAUUCCCGAGGGCAGGAACACCAGAGGUGUGGCCAUUCUGGAUUUAUCACCAGAACAACAGGGAUACCAGAAAGCCAGGGAUGCUGUGUGCAAGGUGAUGAGGCUGGGUUUGGCCUAAGGAGAGGUUUUCUUUUAUCCCCCUGCCCUACCUGGCCCGUUUUGCUCUUUGAGGUAUCCCAGAGCUCUGCAUGGACCCUGUGUCUCUCCUGCCAUCACCCCGGUCACACAUCCCAAGUGUGAUGCGGCGAGGCAGAGGCGAUCCCAACUCAUUCCACGGAGUUAGCAGCAGUAUCUGGUGUCAGCUCAGCUCCAUUUGGCAUCCUCAGGGCUGUUUGGGAGCGUUCCCAGGGACGUGCGUGCCCACAGCAUCCCUUUGUGCUCCCGUAGCAUCCCUUUGUGUGCCAUGGGGAAAAGCAAGAGAUUCAUUUUGGCCAACAGAAAAGCCUAUGGAUGAAGGAGAUGCUGCAGUUCUCUGGGUGAGCAGAGGCUCAGAUAAGGGGUGGAGAUGUUCCUGUAAAUAUAUAGCAGAAGAGAAUGAAAUUCCAGUGAUGUACAAAAAGAAUUUACCUCCUCAAUCCCACCAAGAGCCCUUCAGUUUGGAGGAUAGAGAUUUUGUCUAUUUUUAAUGGAUAUUUUUCUACUGCUUGGGGUAACCUCAUUACCAAAAGUCUCUCUUCUAUGGCGAGGCUCAAGUUCAGUAGCACAACUUUAAAGCAAAAUUACUCUUUGGGCAUUUUAAAUGCUUAUUUUUUUAUAAGCCUCAAGACAAUUUUAACCGAUAGAACCUGCCUGUGUAGAGAAGCCAUGUAAGAGACUAAGUUUAGUGGAAGUUUGAGCAGAUGUUAAAUAAAUCUGGGAAGCUGAUACAGAAACCCUCUAACGUGCUACCAAGCAGUUGUGUGUGACUCCUUCCCCAGAAAACCAGCAUUUUGCCUACUGAAAAAUGUGGAGAAAUGGGUUUUUUACCUGCUGCACCGUGCAGGAGGUUGCAUUAGUGGCUGUUUUUAAACUCUUAUCCAGCUGUACCCCUUUUAAAGUAGGUAGUGUUUUCAUCAGGUAGCGAGCUGCAUUCUAUACAAGGGUAGUUUUGGGGGGAAAGUGGGAAGCGUUGGGACAAGGGGCAGCCCUUUGGUAGCUGAUUCAGGCUCCAGCUCAGUGAAUUGGUGGAGCAGGUGACUAAAAGGGCGAGAAGGAAAUGUGAGGAGUGAAGUACCUGGUUAGUGAGGACGGGAGGAGCAGGGUAACCUCGUGCCCUUUCUCUGCAGCAGGGAUGGGCUGGGACUUUACAGCAGCAGGAAGGAUUAGCCCUGAGCUUGCAGGGUGGUGAUGAAGUGCUGAGAGCUUUCUCCUCUCCUGGAACAGAGGAAGUAAAGGCAGGAUGAGUUACUUGGAGCAGCAUCUGCUCUGCGGGACUGACACAGGGAAGGAGCCCACAUGGAGCUCAAUGUGGAUCUGAGCUUUCUGUGAGGUCAGGGGGGAUUUUUGGCUGGGCUUGGGCAGAUGGAUGCUCACCUGGGUAUCCACGAGACUCCUGUAAAGCUUUUGCUUCCCUUUUGCUUCGGCUCAGAUAAAGCAGGGUCUGAAGUGUUCCUAAGUUAAAGAGUAAUACUUGAAGCGCUGUAAGACACUCAUGUUAACCUGUGAUCACAGCUAUGCCCUUGGCCGUGGCUGUAUAGGGAAGGGUUUUACCCAACACUUGGAGAAGUUUGUGCUCCUUUUUGUCUCAAAGGGGGUGAGCACCAGAGAUGUUUGCUGUACAGUCUGAUUGUAACUUAGGUGGGACUGUAACCUCACACCAAAACGUUGCCGUGGGAUGUUCUGUGAAUGUGUUUAAAAUGAAGAAGGGAAGAUUAAAUCCUAACUCUUGAUAUGAAGGGAAGAUCAAAUUAUUAUAUGUAGGGAGAGACGGGCAGACUGGAUGUGCCCAGGCUGUCUCUUCUCUCCAGCAAGAAGCACUGCUUUGUGGAUUUAGGAUGGCUUUUGUUUCGCUUGGUUGUUCCAUGAGGAUGCAUUUUCUUCGCACUCCUGGCCUUGGGAUGGCAUCUUCUUCAGCCAGAAGCAGCAGGAGAACACUGUCUUCCACUGUGGUAGCUGCUGCACUGGAGACACUGCCCUUUCCUCCCUGGCACUUCUCUAUUCGUUGGUAGUUUGGACAGAAGGUUAUUGGUACUGCUUAUUUUAAGUUAUAUAUAAAUGUAUAUGUGUGUACACACACAAACAGCAAAUUACUGAGCCUUGCAAGAGGAAUUUGCCUCUUUCCUUCUCAAAGGCAGAGUAGGAGAAGCUGGUAUCCCAUCACCCAAGAUGAUGAGGAGUAUGUGGGAUGUGGAGAUCUCUGGCCUGAGAGCAGCCCUGGGGCAGCCUGUCCCAAAAGGUUUUUGCAGCCUGGGUGCUGCCCUGGCAAUCUUAUCUCUUAUCAGCAAAGCAGGCUAUCAGAGAUAAGAGGGUGAAGGUCCAAGUGCAUGGGAAGGGAGCAGGGAGAGGUGUAAACCAGUGAUAAACCCCAUAAUUUCCCAUUCCAGAGGUGACAGCAGCAAACUAAACUGGCCUGGGGGGAUCCUUGGUCCCCCACCUCCCCUCAAUCCCCUCCCUUCCCAGCAGACAGAAAGGGAAAUACCUUCUUUUGCUUGCUCUGGUAGAACAGCGCUCACUGAAGACAAAAGAGGCAAUUCCUGGUCACAAGGGCAUUUGGAGUGAGGAAGAGUCAUGUUAUUGCCACAUUCCUGACAAGUCUGGAGUCUUUCUGGCCUGAAGCAAAGAAAAUGCAUCUUAACGUGGGUGUUGGCUCCGUGCGGGGCAGGGGAGUUAAGUAAAGCCAAAGACUGUUCAGCUGCUAGCAGAAACGAGUGACUGUAGAUUCACCUGAUGUUGUUCUGUCGUGUUUACAGUAUUUAUUUUUAGGAAUUGACUGCAAUGAUAUUAUAUAUAAUAGGCUUCCUUAUUUUUGUACUUUUCAUACCGUUUUCCUGAGUGUGGUGUUGUACUUCUCGGCUCCCCCCUUUGCCAUGAUUGCUGCUCCUAGUCAGUGACAAAUAAAAGAGAGAAAACCAACCAA